CAGUGCCUGCCGCCCUGCCGGGAAAAGUAACCUGACAGUGGAUGCGGUGAAGCUGCACAAUGAGCUGCAGUCGGGGUCCCUGCGUUUGGAGCGGACAAGUGACAGCGCUCAGUGCCGUAUGGAGGAAGAUGAUGCUGCAGAGGCCGCCACGGAGAGGUCCUCUGGCACCUUCCUGAGCGGGCUGAGUGACUGCACCAACCUCACCUUCAGCAAGGUCCAGCGCUUCUGGGAAUCCAACUCUGCUGCUCACAAAGAGAUCUGUGCCGUGCUGGCGGCCGUGACGGAGGUGAUCCGCUCGCAGGGGGGCAAGGAGAGCGAGACGGAGUACUUUGCUGCGCUGAUGACCACGCUGGAGGCAGUGGAGUCCCCUGAGUCAGUGUCUGCUGUUGCCUACCUGCUUAACCUUGUCCUAAAGAGGGUCCCAAGCCCUGUGCUUAUAAAAAAGUUCUCAGAUGCCUCAAAAGCCUUCAUGAGUAUCGUGUCCUCGCAGGCCUGCAGCAACUCCACCUCUGCCCUGCGAUGGGUCCUUUCUUGCUUGGCCACGCUGCUGCGGAAGCAGGACUUUGCAGCCUGGAGCUACCCUGUCACCCUCCAGGUCUAUCACGGCUUGCUGAGCUUCUGUGUUCAUACCAAGCCCAAGGUGCGGAAGGCGGCGCAGUACGGCGUGUGCUCCGUCCUGAGGGGCAGCGAGUUCAUGUUUGGAGAUGCAGCCCCUGAGCAUCACCCUGCGGCACCCUCCACCGCCAAGUUCUGCGUGCAGGAGAUCGAAAAAGCUGGAGGCACCAAGGAGGCAACCACCACCCUGCAUGCCCUCUACGACUACGUGCCCAGCACAAGUGACCUGCAGCCACUGCUGACCUGGCUGUCCACCAUGGAACGGGCGCAUGUCAACCUGGGCAGGCUGCAGAAGGACCUGUGCUGGGCUCACCUGCCCCGGCUCUUCUCUGCCACCAUGAACUGCUUCCUGUCCCCUCACUCCCAGGUGGUGACAGCAGCAGCCCAGACUCUGGAGACCCUCCUGAGUGAGUGCGUCGCUCCUCACAUGGAGAACCUGGGCACUGUCUCUGCAUCUGCCCCGUCCCCUGCUGCCUACCUGUGCAAGAUGUUCAGAUCAGUGGAGGAAGGCCUGACAUACCGUUUCCACGCGGCCUGGGAUAAGGUGCUGCAGGUGCUGGAUGUCUUCUUUGAGACAUGUGGGAAGCAGUGCCACCCCAUCAUGAGGAAGUGUCUCCAGUCUCUGUGUGACCUGCGUCUCUCUCCACACUUCCCC